UUUGGUGUGCAUGCAGCAUACGUGUGAUAUACAGCCGCGCCGGAUCAACAGGUUCCAGAUUAUUGUGCAUGCCAUUUUCAGCUUAGAAUUUCCGAAAAGGGUGUCUAAAGUUCAGCUAAAUUAUACAUGCUACAGUGUCUUGAAACAUCUACGGAGCUACACUUCUUUGUAUUUUCCUGAGAAUCUGGGUUUCUUUGAAGAAAAUGGGCGAUACGAAGAGUUGCGCCAUGCCGACCACUGUGGACACGGAUUUCAUGACACUGACUCGGUUUAUGAUCGAGGAACAAACCCGGUGCGAAGGAGCUACGGGGGAAAUGACCCAGCUACUCAACUCAAUUGCUACCGCUGUCAAAGCGAUCUCGUCUAAUGUUAGAAAGGCUGGAAUUUCUCGGCUGUAUGGUAUUGCCGGUGGGUCCAACGUCACAGGAGAUGAGCAGAAGAAACUUGAUAUCAUCUCCAACGAUGUCUUCAUCAGCCAGCUCAGGAACUCAUUCACAACCUGUGCCAUGGUCUCGGAGGAGAAUGAGAAGGUCAUUGAGGUCGAGACGGACAGGAGAGGAAAGUACAUCGUGACUUUUGACCCUUUAGAUGGGUCAUCCAAUAUCGACUGCUUGGUGUCCAUCGGGACGAUAUUUGGAAUUUGGAAAAAGGAAGGAGAUCCAAAAGGCGAAGUAACUUCUGAUGAUGUUCUUCAGCCUGGUUCCAGUAUGGUUGCCGCAGGUUAUGCUCUAUAUGGAAGUGCUACCAUGAUUGUACUCAGCACUGGAUGCGGUGUUAACGGAUUCCAGCUUGAUCCUGCUAUUGGUGAGUUUGUCCUGACUGACCGACUGAUGACCAUCAAGUCUCGCGGGAAGAUCUUCAGCAUCAACGAAGGAUACGCUCAGUAUUGGGAUAAGAGCAUUGCUAAAUACGUGGAGUCCAAAAAAUUUCCAGGGGAAGGGAAAUCUCCAUAUGGUGCUCGGUACAUUGGUUCUAUGGUAGCUGACAUGCACAGGACCAUCGUCUAUGGAGGUAUCUUUCUCUACCCCGCCCACAAGAAGAGCAAGUCUGGAAAGCUGCGUCUUCUGUACGAGGGAGCUCCGAUGGCCUUUAUUUGCGAACAGGCUGGUGGCAAAGCUACAACAGGAAAGGAGAGAAUCUUGGACAUCAAGCCGUCAGAAAUUCAUCAGAAGACGCCCGUUGUCAUGGGAUCUGCAUUCGAUGUCGACGACUACCUUGCCAUCGUAAAGGAGUGCGAAGAGGGAAACUAGAUAGCAAGAGUGGUAGAGAUAUAAGAUAGGUUACUGGGAGAUAGAGAGAGGGAAAGGGGAAGAUAGAGAUCAAUAAAAGUAUAAUUUUAUCGCUGAAUAAACCUCACUUUUUUACUUACUCUAACUUUAUUAUUUUCAUUGGGGUCCUUCAGCUGUUAUCUGAUAUUCCUUAAGUUUGAAUUCUUAUUCACUACAAAUCAUUUUUUAUAAACAAAAAAUCUUGAAUGCUUUUAUUUUCAAAGGCACUUUGUCGGUUGUAAAAUGAUUCAUAAUUCCCUUUCACAAACCUUUCUUAUUGAAAAACCUUGAAUAUAUUUUUCCAGAACUUACAUUCUUUUGUGGAAAGUUGUGUGUGGUUAUAUCACAUUGCAAUCACGUUUUCACAACUUAAUGUGAAAUUAACACUAAUAAGACAUAGUAUUUAAAAUUGAAUAUAUAAUCUAUUUACGAAAACAGUACUAAGCAUACAGCUCAAUAGUUAGACAUAUCAAAUUCAGUAAUAUUAGCUUAGAUACUUGUGUCUUUACAAAAUGGAAUGUCAGUGAAAAUAUUCUUAAUGAAUGUGGACUGCAUAAUUUGUAUUGAAUAAAAUGAAUUGUGCCCUGGUCGUUACUCUGUGGGGGCUUCAAAUAAUGGAAAAAAUGGAGGGAGCCUUAAUCUUUAAAGUGAUAAACAACUAGAAUAGACACCUUGUAGAGAUAGAAGGGGCAUUCCAGUGGAUACCCCUGUGUAAAAAGGUCCAAACGGGCAAUGUCUGUGCUUGUCCCAGACACAGUCUUUCCGAGAUAUGUCACAGUCAAUCUGAAUAUGUUUCGUAAUAACAAAGAAUUGUUUCACUAAGACGUGUAUGAAGUCAUGCAUGAAGUUGUGCAUAACUUUGGAAAAGCUAUAUGAAACACUGGCAGCCUCCUUUCGUCUAACUGAUGAUGCUGGACUACCUCCAUUUAGUAUGGUGAUGAUAUUCAUGAUACUCACCGAGUUUCCUUCAUAAUUUUUUAUUUUCAAAAAGAUGAAAUUAUUUUGUUAUGUCCUGUUGCACAAAAUCAUGUUAAAGUGUGUGUUUGAUAUUUUGAAUUUUUUUUUAAAUUGCAUGAAUAUAUCAUGUUGAUGAUUAUUUUUUUUCAACGUAUCAUGUAAGAUAUGAUUAUUUUAUUUUUCAGAUGAAAUUUAUAAUUCAAACAAUAAACAUAUCACCGUAUUCUGGUGAGAAAAUUGUGUCUGUAAGACUAAAGAGUUUUCAGCAAGAGCAUAUAUAUUAUUUUUGUUGUAGUUUGAGGCUGAAAUUGAAAAUAGAAUGAUAUUGUACUUUUGUUAUGUUGUAAUAAUGUUCGAAAUAGAAAUGACACAUGAACUAUUUUAUGUAACACUUGUAAAGAUGUUGACAAAGGAAUAUUAUGGAAUGACUUGUUCAUCAUGAACACAAAGACCAUGCAGUUUCUGAGGUCUGGUUAAUUUCAGACUGUGGUCUAAAAUUGUGGUUUAACUCUGCAAACCUCUUUUAAACAGUACAGGCUCAAAUUAUCAGAACAUUCAGUGCUCAAGCCAUUAAUAAUUAUCUGGGAGCAACUAACAAGAAUUUUCUUCACCAUUAAAGCAGUAGGAAACGUUUUCAAUUCCCAUAAUUUUAGUACAUAAUUAGACCAUACUGGCCAAUGUUAAUUAAACCAGACCUCAGAAUACUGGCCAAAAUGUUUGAAAUGGUAAAAUAAUGUGAAUGUUGAGUAGGGAGCUUAUAAAGUGUCUUGCUAAUCAUGAACAUGGAAUAUUUUAAGAAGUAAAAAUGCAUAUAUAUGAUAAAUUGCUUGAACUGAUGAUUCAUCUAUGGAAUUGAAUAUAUAGAAAGACGUGCAUCCGAUCAACUUGUGUAAGAUUGGAAAUGUAUAAUGAAAUAAAAGGGAUUAAGUGAACAUUAUAUUGUCUGAUAUGUUAAAGAGGAUUAAGAUUAAAGUCUUCCAUUGUGACAUGACAAGUGUUUAAAAUUCCAUAUGGAAACAGGCUUUGCCAUUAUAUGAAGUCUUUCAUAUAAGUAUUCUUUAUGUCUGAAUACUUAACCUAUGUACCUGUGAAGGUCUAAUUGUUUAUGUCCAUGAUGGUUGGGUAUAACCAUGGCGACUAAUAAAAGAGUAUAAGAAAUCUGAAA